GGUCAGUACGGCCUUCAGGCAACCAUUGUUUGUAAUGAUCAACGUCUUAUAAGGCACUUUAAUUGCUUUCUACCUGGUUCCCAGCAUGAUUCAACUGCCUACAAGGAUUUACCGCUGCACCUAAACCCGGACGCAUACUUCAGUCCCACCCAAUACCUGCUUGCGGAUUCAGCAUACUGCAAUACUAUGUCGGUUGUCACUCCCUUCAAGCAGGAUCAAGGAUACACAACCCAGAAAUCUGGAUUCAACCGUGAAGUUUCCCAUACAAGGGUCACAGUCGAGCAUACCAUUGGAGUACUGCAGACUCGAUUG